AUGUCCAAUACAAUCUCAGGAGCUAGGGGAAUUACCUUCUCGGGUGAAACCUUUACGGUGCCCCAGACUCAUGAUAUGGUCAAGACGUUAUUUGAUCCAACGAUUCGAAAGUCGUUAUUUGAAAAGGUGAUUGUUUUUGGGUUGAUUUUUAACUUCAGCUUCAUCUUCUGGUUCAGCAAUUCCAUCAGAAUUGACUAUUUCAUUGCCGGAUACCUUUUCUGGCGGUUUGCCUAUGAUUUCGGGAUAGGGUACCUUUUGUACAACCAGAGUAAGUACAAUAAAAUGGUUAACUGGGCAAAGAAGUUACAAGUAUUUGAAGUCGGAUCCAACUCCUGGUUGGCCCGUUUAAUUAGAUAUGAGAUCUCCAGCCAAAUGGGAACCAAGUACAGUAUCAAUGACUAUCCAAUUGAGUUUAAUACUUGGUUGGUGUUCAGAAAAGUGGUGGAUUUGAUUUUGAUGAACGAUUUUGUAUUUUUCAUGGGUCUUUUUGUCGUGUGCUCCAUUGACAAGGACUACCAGUUCAUUAACUUCGAUCAACAACCGGCUUGGUUGGUUUACUUCAGAUUGAUAGUGGGUCCCAUUUUAAUUUUGUUCAAUUACUGGGUGAAAAAUGAUGCCCAUAACGUGAUUAAGGACUACGCUUGGUACUGGGGAGACUUUUUCUUCAGACAAAUUAACAACGAGGACUUGAUUUUUGACGGUGUGUUUGAGAUGGUACCUCACCCAAUGUACUCCAUUGGGUACAUUGGAUACUACGGGUUUGCCUUGAUAGCCAAGUCGUAUACGGUGUUGAUUUUGGCUUGUAUCGGGCAUUUCUUGCAAAUGAUCUUUUUGCACUUUAUUGAAAACCCCCACAUUGACAAGAUUUAUGGUCCUUCGGUGGUGGAGGUAGACUUGGGUAAACUCAUCAAGUUGAAGGACUUGAAAUACUUCCGUCACUUGAAGCCAUUGAUUGGGUUUUACAACUUCAACAUACAAAGAGGUUCGGAUAUCGUCAACUUGAUCUUAAUUGUUACGUAUUCAGGAUUAUUACCAUUUCUAUUCUACGUGUUGAAGUCCACAGACACCACGUCUGUGUUCUCUAUUUGCUUUGACACCACCAAGAUUUUUUUCUUCUUGACGUUGACCUUGAAGGUUGCAGAGUCGGUUUUCAUCAAUUCCUUACUUUUCUGCCAAAGCUACUACAAAUCUUUCACCAAGUACUAUUUGGUGAACGACAUUCCAAUUGAAGACUCCUUGAAUAACUUUGCUGUGAUUUACAACUCAUUUAUUUCAUUGAGUUAUUCUUCGUUGGUUGGUUUGAAUAUCUACUUCUUCAUGACUGGAUUGAACAGGGUGGACUUGUUCUUUGAGAGCUAUUACUAUUUAAGAAUCUUCGUAGGGGUGUUACUUAUUCUUACUCAGAUAUUCAUAAAUCAGUCAAUUGUGGAUUCUAUUGGGUACUUUGGUUGGUUUUACGGUGACUUUUUCAUUCCAAAGAACCCAAACAGUUUGUCCUUGACCAAGGCUGGUGUUUACAGAUACUUGAAUAACCCUGAGCAGAUAUUUGGCGUGUGCUCGUUGAUGGGGAUUUUCUUGAUUAUUCCCAACUUUGAAAACUUGGUAUUAUGUGGGUUGUGGAUUGGAAACAACUUUGCUAGAAUAAACUUCAUUGAGAAGUUCCAUAUGAUAAAGUUAUACGGUAAAGAAGAAGUAUUGAAGGAUUCCGGUGUCACUAAGACUUUGAAGAGUCUUAUCCCUGCUUCAAGAAGAUCUUCAACAUCGUCCCUGGCGAACAAGAAGAUCUUCCACGAACGUAAAAACUCAAAUUCCAUCAUUUUGAAUGCUAGCGAGACCAUUGAUCAAAUUAUCAAGGAGUUCAAAAAGUCCAACAAGAAGUUGACCAAGCAGAAUAUUUUUGAUAUUUCCCAAAACUUGUACUUUGAAAACUCCGACUACAAGUUAACCUUGACCAAUUUAAAGUUCAAUGACGACAAUGACAAUAACUUGAUAAAGUAUAUUGAAGUAGGAGAGAAUAUCAAUGUGGAAUUCCACUGCCCAGCCAACCACUCUCCUAAGGACUGGAUUGGUUUAUACAAAAUUGUGCAGACUGGUUAUAACCGGUACAAGACUUUGAUCAGCUCCAAUAAUAGAUGGGAAUGGGUCCCUGAAAAUAAGGAUUCAGGUGUUCUUAGUUUUGCCAAAGACAAGUUGUUUUGGGAUGAAGGCAUCUUUGAGUUCAGAUAUCACUUGGACGGAAAGCAUGAUGUUGCUUACAUUUCGGAACCUUUCGAAAUAAAGGUUCCCAGCAUUCAAGUUCCUUCUGACACAGAGGGUAUCUAUACUUUUGCUAAGGAGUUAAAGGAAAGGGUGAUCGAUAGAGUCAUCCUCAUGAGUGAUAUCAACGAGAAUAUCAUUGCAAAGACGGAGUCCGGUUAUAAUGGUAGCAUUUUAGAAACUUAUAACCGGUUGUCCAACUUAGUAUCUUUGGCUACGCAAAUCCAAGUCAGUAACAAGAUCUUCUUGCACCCAGAAGAAUUGAGUAUCUUACAUUUGUCUUCAAAAAUUGUUCAUAUGAAAAAGGUGUUGGAUGAUUUGUCGUUUGAAAAGAGUAUUCCUGCUGAAAAAAAGGAUCAAUAA